UGACGGCCUCGGUAUCAAUAAGUGGAUCAAUACGAUUCGCUACAAUAGCGAAUUAUAUGGAUGGCAGGAUCGCACGAUGCUUUUAUAUGCAGGCAGUCGGUUGACUGGAGCAGCAAGCGAAUGGUACAAUGGCUUCCGUAACACUUUGAAGACAUUCGACGAAUUCGCUGACACAAUUAAAAAGGCUUUUCCUGAUCGCUGUAACGAAGCCGUUAUUCAUAGCCAAUUAGCAUCGGUCUACAAGAAAAUUUCUGAGUCGUACACAAGCUAUGUAUACCGAGUAAAUGCGCUGGGAAUGUCAGGCCACGUGAGUGAGGAGGCUAUCAUAACUUAUGUCAUCAGAGGACUUUCUCGUGACCCUCUCUAUGAUAGCCUUGUGACCAAGGAUUACCGCGAUAUUUACGACCUGAUUGACAACAUUAAGCGAUAUGAAUCCCAUCUUCUGUUGCGCAAAAACCCAGAACGCCGCAGCCCAUCUCACAUCAACACCAUUUCCCCGAGACCGAUUCCACCAAGACAAACGACGACAGAACCUCUUCGAUGUUAUAACUGCUCGAAUCAUGGACAUCAUUCAUCGCAAUGCACACAACCUCGCCGAGCUCCGGGUUCCUGUUUCCGAUGUGGUAGCACAUCACAUGUCAUUCGCAACUGUCCUGUCCCAGAUAGACGUCAACUAACGGUUGCUGCGGUACAGGGCAACGACAAUGAAACAGCGCAUCUAGAUUCUGGGGAAAAUGGAAACUUCGUUCAACUUGAGGCCUAUCAGGAGCUCUAAAAGCUUCAUAAAUGAAGCCAUUGUUCCGGUUACAAAACUAAGCGCUCCCCAACCAAGUGGAUUUCGAGGAAUAGGAAAUGUGAAUUUACAAACUCUUGGAACAGUACAGCUAAAACUUAGUUUUCGUAAUCAAACAUUCAUUCACAAUUUCUAUAUUUUACCAAAAAGCUACAUGUCCCUAUCCAUGAUAGUAGGGAGAGAUUUGUUAUCAGAAUUUAACAUCACACUCGCUCAAUUCCGUAAACAUUACAGCAAACUUAUGCUGAUGAAUUUAAAUAAAGAUAAAAUUCUGAACUUAAAAAAACCGGGUUUUUACCAUAAGCUCCAAACGUUGGGUCUUUUACGUAGUUCGAUCCAGGCUCCCUUACCAGAGGUAUGCAAAGAUUCGAAAUUGUCCGAUCCCAAUAUUUCUUCAAAAUUCAUUUCGAUAUCAGACAAAUCUGAACAUAAACAACAAUAUGACACAACUUUUUCUGAAAUGUGUUCUAUAAAUAUUAGCGAUGAGGCUAGCACUAUAAAUGUUGGAGAACAUCUUUCUAAAGAACAAGGCAUUGCUUUAAGAUCAAUAGUGUCCAAUAAUUACAUUAAUUUUCCGGAUAAACAUAUAAUACCAUCUGCUCAUAAAAUGCGAAUUAGCUUAACUCAUGAUACUCCUAUUUUCACAAAGCCUAGACGACUUUCUUUCGAUGAAAGGAAUAAAGUAAAAGUCAUUGUGAAGGAUUUAUUAGAGAAAAAUAUAAUAAGACCCAGUAACUCUCCUUAUGCUUCCGCACUGGUACUCGUUAGGAAGAAAAAUGGCGAAAUUCGUAAGUGUGUCGACUACCGACCUCUUAAUAAAGUAACAAUCCGCGACAACUACCCGCUUCCACUCAUAGAGACGUGCCUAGAACACUUGGGCAAUAAAAAAUUCUUUACGUUACUAGACCUAAAGAGUGGUUUUCAUCAAGUGGCAAUGGACGAGGAUUCAAUUAAAUUCACAGCGUUUGUUACUCCAGACGGCCAGUACGAGUACACGCGUAUGCCCUUCGGAUUAAAAAACGCGCCAGCUGAAUUUCAGCGUUUCAUUAAUACAAUUUUGCGGAAAUUCAUCGAGAAUGAAAAGCUGGUUGUAUACAUUGACGACAUUCUCAUAGCUUCUCAAGACUUUAAAGAACAUCUUGAAAUAGUUAGUGAAGUUUUGCAUACUCUACGAAAUAAUGGGUUGGAGCUACGGCUUGAUAAAUGUAAGUUUGCUUA